AUGCCCAGCAACGUGUUCUAUGAUCGAGCUCCCAGCUCGCCGCCCAGGGAGCUUUCCAGAGAACUGCCUCAAUCCGAUGUCGAGCCUCGCCCUUCCCGUCCUUCACCAGGUCCUAGUACUCGUAAAACAGUUUCCGAGGCAGAACGUCUGAAGGCCUCUUACGGUGCAUGGAAAAGUUUCUUGGAAGAUUCGAGCGACGCCGACCCCGAUGUCAACCAUACCUCAAGCAGGGAAUCUUCAGUCACUCGCCUGUCGUUACUCCCUCCGACGACCUCGGCGACUACUGGCUCUCGGGCCGACUCUACCCGUGCGAGCGAGUCGCCCGAUGAGCAUGAAGUCGCAGUACUACGCCGGGUAACAGGCCUUCCUCGCGGACGCACCCGCCGGCUUGCGGCUCCAGCACAGUCUUCGUCCUCAAAUGACCGGGCCGAGUCCGACAACCGCGCUGGGAGGGCGACAGAGCCGCAAUGCGCGCGGACACGCAACGUCAUCCUGAGCAGCGACGACUCCCAGGACGAAAACGAUCGCGGCGCCACCCGCACGAGCCAGCCGCGGAGGCGGCCCAUGCCUGCUCCUGCCAGCUCUCGCCGCGAUCGCAGGGUGGGUGCGGGCGACACGACGGUCGCGGCUUCGGGCACAAGGACGGCCUCCGGUAGCACUCGGCGACCCCGUUCUCGCAGGCGAUCGGCGUCGGCUUCGGGCUCCAACGGAACCAUUGACUUGAGUUCGGACGACGAGCUGGGAGAGGCCGCGUCCAACGAGGGGCACUUGGUCGUCAUACCCAAAGCGGACCACGCGCGGGCGAGGAGGCUGCUGGCGCCCAGCGAUCCGGACAUCCCGCUGAUUGCGGUGACGAUGCGGGGCGAGGUGCACUUUGUGGACCAGCGCAGAAGAACUCGCAAUCAAGCGUGUUCGCUUUAUCCAGACGACGAGGACCUGCGGCGUGUUGAAGACGCGUGUCUCGUGGGCGGCAAGACGGUCGUCAUCGGGUACAAUCCCGGACCCUGCCAGCGCCCGUUCCGCAUCGAUCUCCAGCACAAGGCGCACACGACGGUGAUUGAGAAUCCGUUCGCCGGGACGUCGUGUCUGAACCGGGGGAUUACCUGCCUCGCACCCGUUGAGGACCACAGUUUCCUGUCCGGCGGGUACGACAAGAGGCUCUACCUCUGGAAGCUCGCGCCCACCGAUCCCAGACGGGCCCCGGACGGGAGCGGAAACGCGAUUGGCUUCUCGGUCACUUCCACGCGCGUUCCGACGAACCACGUCCAGCCGGUGCAGGCGUUAGCCUACUCGGCUUGGAACAACGUCGUCUACACUGCGGCGGGCGACCGCGUCGCGCAGACGAAGGUCGAUGCCUACAGUGCUGGAGAAGCAAAGCGUGUGUCGGGCAAGGUCCAUCAGGUGCACGUCCACCCGCAAGAACGGGACCUCGUUUUGCUCGAGAUCGACCACAUGGACCGGCAGGUGCAGGUGUACGACAUCCGCGAGCGCGGGCUCAGCGGCGCGCCCGUGCUCGAGUUUGGUCGCCGCGCCGCGUUGCGGAGCCCUCGAGCGAGCAAAGGAACCAGGACCGGGCUGCCGCACCACGACACUCGAUUCACGCGCGGGUCAACGGUGGACUCCCUUUUCGCGCGGGGCUACUCGGAUGGCGCGGUACUCGUCUGGGACUACCGGAAGCCCGUCACCGAGCGCUGCGCGUUCCGCCGGCCCACCAACGUCGUCCACACCGUCCUCGCGGGCCAGGGCUCCAACGUGAUCGCGUACGGCGCUCACCACCUCACUUUCUGGAGCACCCUCCACCCUUCGCCCGCCACGCGCUAG